AUGAAUUUGGUGGAAAUUGACGAAGUUUCUAUAGUAGCAGCUAUUCUUGGCGGCUUUAUUUUAAUCUUUGGUUUUGUGUCUUUAUUUAUCAAGGAGCGUUUAUAUCUGUCGGAAGCGCGAAUUAUUGUGGGUCCGGUUGCAUUAGGAGUAUUUGUACCACAAGAAUGGGGAGAUCAAGAGCAACUUACAAAAAUUACAAUGCAAUUUUGUCGAAUCGUUAUCGCGAUCCAAGUUAUGGCCGCCGGAGUUUCUUUGCCAAAGGCCUACCUCUUAAAAGAAUUAAAAUCGAUUCUUUGCUUGAUUUUCCCCGUGAUGGGAUAUAUGUGGCUUGUUUCAGCUCUUAUCAUUUGGCUGCUUAUAUCCAAGGUUGAUUUUUUAAACGCAUUAGUGAUCGCCGCGUGUGUCUCUCCCACGGAUCCUAUACUUGCAAAUUCCAUCGUUAAAGGUAAAUUCGCCGAAAAACAUGUGCCGCCUCAUGUGCGCAAUGUUCUAUCCGCAGAAAGUGGUGCAAAUGACGGCCUCGCUUUUCCACUCUUAUUUAUGGCUAUUUAUCUUAUGACAGAGAAGCCGGGAGAUGCUAUUGCUAAAUGGGUUUAUGUUGUUUGGUUGUACGAAAUACUGUUUUCGUGUGUAAUUGGACUUGCUGUUGGUUAUGUUGCACGUAAAUUAUUAUACUUGGCCGAAACUAAUGACGAUUUGCUUGCUUGUUUUAUUGCGGGUAACUCGAUAACUUGGGACGACUGGUUUCGUAAAGAGACCGAAGAAUCUCAUUUCCAAGAGAUUAUCGAUAUGCUGCUCAACAUGGCAGUAUUUGUCUUUAUUGGUGCGACGAUGCCGUGGUCAUCUUUUUCUGAUCUCGCCUUGGGCCUUACGCCAUGGCGCUUAACCAUUAUUGCGGUUCUUAUUCUUUUGUUUCGUCGUUUGCCCAUAAUUUUAAUUUUGUACCGUUGGAUACCAGCUAUACAGACUUAUCGAGAAGCUGUAUUCAGCGGCUGGUUUGGCCCAAUAGGCGUCAGUGCUAUAUUUUAUGCAACCUUCGCUCAGCAAAAGUUUGAUAAGGGUGGAGAUAACGAACUUUGUCGAGAAAUUAUAGUACCCAUCGUAUAUUUCAUUGUACUUACGAGUGCUCUAGUACAUGGUUGUACGAUCCCAGUUUUCAAAAUCAGUCAAAGGAUUAAUACGGCUAGUCUUUCUACUCCAUUUGUGCGAUUACUAACUGCCACAAGUCAAGAUGAUCAAAAAGGUGUCAAUGAGAUCAGCAGCACAGUUAAGACGCCGCUUCCUGCUCAUCUUCCACCUUCUGCAGUUGGUGCUAGUACCACUGGCAAUAAUAAUACAAUAGAAACAACUGUUAGCAUAGGAGAUGAAGCAGAAGGAGCAAAUUCAAGAAAUCAAAAAGAUAAACAGCCUCAGAGACGCGAAGAACAAGAAGAAUCUCGCAGGCGACCUCCUCUCGGACGAAGUUUUUCUGUGUACGAUGAAGUAGAUAAUAUUAUCAUAGAAGACGAAGAUGGCGCGGUUAUUCCGCGAAAUCCUUCUCAAAGUAGUGUUCAUCAUACUCCUGCCCCUUCCACUUCAGGAGAACACGAAUGA